CUGAGCUCAAUGUUUGCAACCUGCUACGAUGGAACUGAAAAGCAGAAGAAGAUCAUUCAGCGAGCAGGGCCAGAUGCUGGAGUUGUAGACUGCUUUGAUCACUGCAUCCAGGCAGUAAUGUCUGGCUAUUUGCGUUCAAGGCUCCUCCUUUACACUGGUGGAAGACAUCUGACCAGUUUCUUUGCACCCAGCCAGCAUGUUUUACCUGAUACAUGGUGUAGAACCUUCCCGCUCCCUUCUCAAGCCCGGAUCUUCUCCUCCCGUCGUGGUCGAUCAGAUGGAAGCUCAGGACAGGAAGGAGAAAACACACUGCGUGCUCCAAGACGUGAAAUGGACUUCCAGCUGAGCCAGCUGCAGAUCAAUGCAGUUCUGUGUGCUAAUGAGCAAUCCGUUCGUAUUCCAGAGUUUGAUGGCCGUGGUGGUCCCAGUCCAGUGCUCAGGUUUGAAAGCAACCAGCUUUCAGCCAACACUCCGCUAGAGGACCGACGCAGCAGCGCCAGCUGCCUCCAGACCCGUGGCAUGCUUUUUGGCAUGUUCGAUGGACACGGUGGACAUGCGUGCGCUCAAGCGGUCAGUGAGCGUCUGCUUUAUUACAUAGCUGUAUCGAUGAUGUCAGAGUCCGUCCUGGAGGAUCUAGAGGCCGCCAUGGAGACCUUACGACCCGUGCCGCCCAUUCUGCAGUGGUACAAGCACCAUAAUGACUACAACUACAGGGAAUCAGCAGCCCUCUAUGUCGAUCAUUUGCGUUUUUACUGGCAGGAGCUUCUGGCGAGCGAAGAACACAGUGACGGCAUGCGUCCCGCAGAUGCUCUCAGCUAUGCGUUCCAGCGACUGGACACGGAUCUUUCUCUUGAGGCACAGGUGCCGCUUGCAAAUGACCUGAUGCGGAACACGGCCAUCCAGGCCGCCUUCGCUGGCUGCACGGCUUGUGUGGCUUACGUUGGACCAGAAGGUGUGCAUGUUGCAAAUGCAGGAGACUGUCGGGCAGUUUUGGGUGUCCAGGAGCAUGAUGGGAGCUGGAGUGCUUUACCGCUCACACAAGACCACAACGCUGCCAAUGUAACCGAGGUGGAGCGGGUAUGGCGGCAGCACCCGGCUAGUGAACGGCAAACCAUAAUCGUAGACGACAGGCUGCUCGGGGUCCUGAUGCCGUUGCGUGCGUUUGGAGACGUUCGAUUCAAAUGGAGUCGUGAACUCCAGCAGAGUGUUCUAGAGAACGGAGACUCUGAUUUAGAAGCACUGAAUAUUUAUCAAUACGCUCCACCUAAUUAUCUCACCCCACCUUAUUUAGAGGCUACACCAGAAGUCACCUACCACCGGCUUCGACCACAGGACCGGUUUUUGAUUUUGGCCUCUGAUGGUCUUUGGGACGAGAUGACCAAUGAUGAGGCGGUGAGGCUUGUAGCGGAACAUCUGACUGGUAUUCAUCUGCAAGCACGGGUUUCAGCCAGCCAACUCAGCUUGGGACAAAUGCACCAACUGUUGCUGCGGCGACAGGCCAGAGCAACACCCGCUUUGGAUUUGAACGGAGCCACGCAUUUGAUUCGUCAUGCACUGGGCACAAAUGAGUACGGAGAGAUGGACCAGGAGAGACUGGCAACCAUGCUGGCUCUGCCUAGCGAUUUAGCACGCAUGUACCGGGACGACAUCACUGUCACCGUGAUUUAUUUUAACUCGAACUUUAGCAAAACUACUAACUAAUAAAGAACAACAUUUUAAAGUUUCAUAUAUAAAAUUAUAUUUGAAGGAUUGUUUUCAGCUGUGAAUUUUUCAAUGUGUUUUUCUUGUUCCUUACUGUCUUUUAUAUUGUUGUGUACACAUAAAAAUGCCUACAGCUGAUUUUAAUUUGAGUUCGCAACAGAUGCUUGCAAUUCGUUUUGGAAAAUGUGAAUGCAAACACUCACUUUAAAUGGGUUUUUUGUGGGUUACAAAUGUGAAGGUAAAGUCUUAUUCUGUUCAUGUAGUUCCGUCAGCAGCAGAUACAGCUAGCAUGCAAAUCAAAAAGCAUUUCUAUAAUUAAGGCCAGUUAUUUUUUCAGCUUCUUGCAAAUACCUUGCACCUUUUAUGUCUCUGCUUGGUAUAGAACUGUUCUUGUGCUUUGGCCGUUUUGUUGAAAUAGUUCAUGUCUACAUAUCUUUCAUCAUAGUUAUAUUGGGUUUGUCUAGGAUCUGUAAUAAUCUAAGUGUGUUUUUUUACAUCACUAGGAUUAGAAUAAUGAUAAAGAUUCUACUUCUAAUUUAUUCUGUAUAUGUUCCAUAAGACCUAAAUUUUACUUGCUUUAAAUUUAAUUUGUUGUGCAGUCUGAGGUUUCUAUGAAUUUAGCACUCUUGGUUUUUUCUGCUGUACGUUAUUUGUUUCUCUGCUUGUGCAAUGAAGACAUUUUCACUUUGCACUUUGUAGUGACUGCAGGUGUGUCCAACUACUACAGUGAGCCACAACAAAAAUCAAUGGUUAAACUGAUAUUAUUUGCAGUGCAAAGUAUGAAGGUCAUAGGGACCAGUUUUAUUGAAGGCUGUAUUACACAUUACAUUUUACAUUAACGUUACAUCAGCUCGCAAGUACAUUUCAAAAUAAUUUAGCUUUAUCAAAAUGGUCUGUUCUGUAUAUGGAUUUAUGAAGUAAAACUGGUGCACCAUGUUUCCUAAUAGUAAACAAUGUUUUCCUUUUUACAUUUCUGUUAUAUGUGUCUAUAUUGUUAGUAUUUGUUCUGGUCCAAUGUGAGUGAUAAACCUCAGAAACUCCCUUUUGGAAAUUUGGGAACAAGAUAAUAUAUUUUCACGGCAGAAUUUUUUAUUUUGUCUUCGUAUUUUUUAUGAUGUCCAUUAUAAUCUGCCUCUUUGGUUAUUAAAAGACGUUUAAUCCAAAUGA